AUGGAACCCAAAAUAGAAAGCAUAACAAGAAAAAUAUGGAAAAUAGUGAGUGUGGCUAUUUUCAUGAUAAAGAAAGGCUUAAGCAAGAAGAAGUUACUCAUGGAUCUCAACUUUAUGAUGAAACGUGGCAAAAUUGCCGGUAAAAAAGCCCUAGGAAACCUUAUGUUCCACCACAACACUCAGGGCGGCGUUGGUGGGCAGUCUAACCUCACCAACGACGCCCGGGAGUACGAGUUUAGUUGUAGUGACACACCCUUAUACCGUCACUACUUCACCAACAAAAGAAAAAAUCAACGUCACCAAAUAAAUGACCAAUAUUACAUGCCCUACCCUUUAACCUUGGAAGAUGGUCAAAAUGUUAACCUAGAGGAUUUUAACAGCGUGCUAGAAAUGAUGUUACGUAAUGAAGAGGCUGGUGGUGGUCUUUCGGCCCCUUCGCCGGCUUUGCCCGGUCUAGGAUUUGGACGGAGCCCUACGGUCCGGCAGCUAAGGAUAACGGACUCGCCGUUUCCGGUGCAAAAUGUGGAGGAGGACAAGCAUGUAGAUCAAGCUGCUGAAGAUUUUAUUAAAAAUUUCUAUUCACAACUUAAGCUGCAAUAA